AAACCUGUUUUCAAAAUUUUAACCUUUUUCUGUGAAAGAAACCCUUUUUACAGAAAGGAGCUAAACAGGAUUGGAUGUGAGAGGAUCUGAGGGCAGACGAAAGUUCCUAAGUGAUGGAAAAGGGCUACUACUAGCUACGUGAUCUAAUUCAUGCCUCUCGAUCUCCUUGUGUGUGUGAAUACAAAUUCCAGAACCCAAGGGCCAAUGUUAUUGAAAGCGAUCUUUCACACUGUUGUCUUUGGGGUUAUUUUCCAACAAAAGCCCCGAAAAUCAGGGAAACUGUUCGCUAACAACACAGUAAUGAAAUGCAAAACAAAACAAAAACAAGACCAUAAGAGAAGAAAGUCAGAACCAGAGAUCGGUUUACAGCCUCUAGUUUUUGAAGCCAAAAAAUACACCCACAACACAAAACCCAAGAAAUAUUGAUACAAGAACUCAUUCCCCUCUGCCCAGUGAGAGAGAGAGAGAGAGAGAGAGCCCAGCUAAAACAAUUACUCCCACAAUUAAGACCUAUAGCCCAAAGACAAAUGUUCACCCUACCACUAGCUCUCUCUCUCUCUUCCUUGUCUCUGUUACUUUGUUUCAAAAUGGUAACAACAGUAGCUGUAGUUCUGGGCCCUCUGGCUGGCUAGUCUAUUAGCAUCGAAUAUAAAUAGUAACAGUGGACUUGUUUCGCUCACACGCUGUCUCUGGUUGGUGGGCUUAGAAACGAAGGCAACAGUAGAGUGGUUGCAGAGCACCGCGCUGGCUUCUAGUCUCCCAGGCGCACUCCAAAACCCAGAUCUCGAGGUCCUUUAUAAGGCCUCUAAUUGACACUUGUCACAGACUUUAUUAUAAUCUUUUGCACUUCCUUCUCUCUCCACACCUUUCCUUCCUCCGCCAAUCUCUCUUAAUGCCUCUAUGCGGACCUCCCAAUACAAAGCACUUGAAGAGUAUUGGGUUUGUUUUGUAUGUGCUCAAAGUUGUGGAAUUGACCUUGAGGUGUUGCAUUGGCCACAAUUUUAGGGAGUGUCGGUCGUAGAGUUGAAUUUCACUGCUGCUUUGCAUUGAAGCCGAGGUACAGUCUUCGAACCUUGAAGCUUUGAUCUUUGUUCCCUGUAUUUGAUUAUUCUAGCAUUUCCGCGUUUUGGGUGUUGAUAUUGCUAUUUUACUAAUAUCUUAACACCGGAAGCCAUAUACUAGAGCAUUAGAACAUGUGAAAAACGGUUGUCAUUGGUGGUCUCUUGGUUUGUUCGUUGGUUCUUUGUACUUACUCGUGCUUGUAAUCACAUAUUUAUAGUGGAACUACAAGCUGUGGUUGCAUAUUGCUUGCAUAAUUAGCGAGAAAAACUCGGUCCGUAAAUUGGGGCUUCAGUGGAUAUUUAAGUAGUCCAACUAUUGCUUAAUUGCCUGUAGGGAGUGUGAGCAAGGUGGUUUUGGAUGUGGAAUAUUGGCCUCAAGUACAAGACAUGCUGAGAUCUGAUGAGGGAGAAAUUGACGUGUUCUUUGACUCGACAGAUUGCUGUUCGUCUGUAGAUUCAGUUGCAGAUGAAGCGUUAGGUUCUAUACAUUUAGAAUAUGGUGUCUGGAUGAAUGCACCAGUAAGCGUUAAGGAAAGGCGGGAGGUAUUUUUACGUGGAAUGGGUUUAUCUGAGCUUGCUUCUCCUAAGAUUUGUGCUGAGGAGAAUGGAAUGGACGCUGCUGCCUCCCAAGAGCUGAUGGGAUUGGAGAGGCUUAAGCAAUGUAGUGGAGCAGAGAGGCUUAAGCAAUGUAGUGGAGCAUUCUCAAGCUCUUGUAUUUCAUCUACUGAUCUAGCAGAGGAAAAUUUGGUUUGUUGUAGAAGAGAGAGGGGAUCAGUUCUCAAUGGGGAAGAUGCUGGGCUUUCUAGUCCUGCUCGGGAAUAUGUAGAGAGUGAUGUGCGUGCGUGUUCAGAAGAAUAUAGCCGCUUAGAUGUGGGUAAAAGGAGAUUGAAAAAUUGGUUAAAACACUUUGUCGGCAAGAGUAAGGGUGGAGGAGAUACAUUUGUAACAAAAGUAUCAAAACCAAAUUCUGAAACACCUAAGAUAAACAGAAUGAAGGUGUGGCAGAAUAAGAAGAGGUACAUGGAGUUUACUGCUCUUUACAAUGGGCAAGAGAUUCCUGCACACAAUGGCUUAAUUUGGACAAUGAAGUUUAGUCCAGAUGGCCGGUACCUUGCAAGUGGUGGCGAAGAUGGGGUUGUACGUAUUUGGUGCGUUACAUCAGAAGAUGCCUCUGAUAAUUAUAUGACGGCUAUAAAUAGUUAUGGUAUAAAAGUGAAAGGUGGCAAGUCCACUUUUGGAGGAAAAAGCACGAGCUAUGCCUCCAUUGACAUUCCUGAUAAGGUUUUUCACAUUGAAGAGUCACCACUACAAGAAUUUCAUGGCCAUUCUAGUGAUGUGUUAGACCUGUCUUGGUCCCAUUCAAAUUGUCUUCUUUCAUCAUCCACGGAUAAAACUGUCCGUCUGUGGCGAUUGGGUUGCAAACAAUGUUUAAAUGUUUUCCGUCACAAUGAUUAUGUGACAUGCAUUCAGUUCAAUCCUGUUGAUGAAAAUUACUUCAUCAGUGGCUCCAUAGAUGGAAAAAUUCGACUUUGGCGGGUAUCUGAAAAGCAUGUUGUUGACUGGGCUGAUGUGCGAGAUGUAAUAACUGCUAUAUGUUACAAGCCAGAUGGGAAAGUUUUCAUAGUUGGUUCUAUUAGAGGCACGUGCCGAUUCUACGAUGCAUCAGGCAAACAUUUAAAACUUGAUGCACAGAUACGUAUUCAAGGUAGAAAGAAGACCUCAGCUAACAAGAUCACUGGCAUUCAGUUUUGCCAAGAAAGAUCUCAAAGAGUUAUGAUAACAUCAGAAGACUCCAAGCUCCGAGUAUAUGAUGGCAUUGAUCUUGUCCAGAAAUACAGAGGUCUUCCAAAGUCAGGAAGUCAGAUGUCAGCUUCCUUCACUUCGAGUGGGACGCAUAUAGUCUCAAAUGGAGAGGACUCUCGUGUUUAUCUCUGGAACUAUGAUGGGAUGUGCAUCCAAACAUCGAAACGAACAAAAUCCGUGCGUUCUUGUGAGCAUUUCUUCUCCGAAGGUGUGACGGUUGCAAUACCUUGGUCGGGCAGUGGAGCAGGACAGAGGAGUUCACAGGCACUGGACCAAGAGGCCACUUCUAGGUUCAAAGAUUCGGAGCGGCUUUCCAGCCGGGGUAAUUGGUUUUCUAUGGAUGGCUCAUGCAGGGGUUAUGCAACUUGGCCGGAAGAGAAACUUCCUCUGUGGGAUGUACCAGUUUCAGAGGAAGAAUCUCAGGAUCAGCACCACGGUAAUGCCCACAAACACAGGGCCAUAUCAAACCUUUGGGGGUUGGUGAUUGUGACUGCUGGAUGCGAUGGAACAAUCCGGACAUUCCAUAACUAUGGGCUUCCCGUCAGGCUGUAAGAGUUUUCUGGUGAUCUCUCCUGGCCGUCUGGAAGCAUGCAAGCUAGAGCAUUUAGAAACUAUGAAGUUUCACCUCUGAUGGAUGGUGAAUGAAUACCUUCCUCUAUUUCCUUAGAAAAUUCUAGUUAUACCUCAGCUGUAACAGCCGGGAUAACAGCGUCGAUAUUGACAUGUAUAUCAAUAUCUAUCAUGUCAAUAGUAUUACAUCAGAGCAUUUAGAAUAUUACAAAUGGCUAGCAAACGUGGUUUUAUUCAGCCAAGGCAGGCCAUGCAAUUAAAUUUUGAAAAAUGCUAGGUUGCGCUGGGCGUGUCGUCUAAAUACAAAUUUAGCUUUUUAUUUUUUCAA